CCGAGGCUGCUGUUUUCAUUUCCUCAUGAGAAGAAGAAGUUUACAGUGUAGUAGAAAGGCAGACACAACGCUUUGAACCUCUGCCACCAUGGGGAACUGGUUUGUGAAUGAGGGACUCUCCAUUUUUGUCGUUCUGGUAUGGCUGGGGAUGAAUGUCUUCCUCUUUGUCUGGUACUACCUGGUUUAUGAUGUUCCAGUUAAGUUUUUUUACACUCGAAAACUUCUUGGGUCUGCACUGGCACUUGCCCGGGCCCCUGCAGCCUGCCUGAAUUUCAACUGCAUGCUGAUCCUGCUGCCGGUCUGUCGGAACCUGCUCUCCUUCCUCAGGGGCUCCAGUGCGUGCUGCUCAACAAGAAUUCGAAGACAAUUGGACAGAAAUCUCACCUUUCAUAAAAUGGUGGCCUGGAUGAUUGCGCUUCACACUGCUAUUCACACCAUUGCACAUCUAUUUAAUGUGGAGUGGUGUGUGAAUGCCCGUGUCAACAAUUCUGAUCCUUAUUCAAUAGCACUCUCUAACAUUGGAGAUAAGCCCGGUGAAACUUACCUCAAUUUUGCUCGCAAGAGAAUCAAGAACCCUGAAGGAGGCCUGUAUGUGGCUGUGACUCUCCUGGCAGGCAUCACUGGAAUUGUCAUCACACUGUGCCUCAUAUUAAUUAUCACCUCCUCUACCAAAACCAUCCGAAGAUCUUACUUUGAAGUGUUUUGGUACACACACCAUCUCUUUGUGAUCUUCUUCAUCGGUCUCGCCAUUCAUGGAGCUCAACGAAUUGUGCGUGGACAGACUGCACAGAGCUUGGAGAAGCAUGACCCAUACGUAUGUUCUCAAAAUAUCUCAGACUGGGGAAAAAUAAAGGAAUGCCCAAUUCCAGAAUUCUCUGGGAACCCUCCUAUGACUUGGAAAUGGAUAGUGGGUCCCAUGUUCCUGUAUCUCUGUGAGAGGUUGGUCCGGUUUUGGCGAUCUCAACAGAAGGUGGUCAUCACCAAGGUAGUCACUCACCCUUUCAAAACCAUCGAGCUGCAGAUGAAGAAGAAGGGAUUCAAGAUGGAGGUAGGACAAUACAUUUUUGUCAAGUGCCCUGUGGUGUCCAGGCUGGAGUGGCAUCCCUUCACACUGACGUCUGCUCCUGAGGAAGACUUCUUUAGCAUCCAUAUCCGCAUUGUUGGGGACUGGACGGAGGGGCUGUUCAAGGCUUGUGGGUGUGAUAAGCAGGAGUUUCAAGAUGCCUGGAAACUACCUAAGAUAGCGGUUGAUGGGCCUUUUGGCACAGCCAGUGAAGAUGUGUUCAGCUAUGAGGUGGUGAUGUUAGUGGGAGCAGGGAUUGGGGUUACGCCCUUCGCAUCCAUUCUCAAGUCGGUCUGGUACAAAUAUUGCAAUAACGCCACCAAUCUGAGGCUCAAAAAGAUCUACUUCUACUGGCUGUGCCGGGACACACAUGCCUUUGAGUGGUUUGCAGACCUGCUGCAGCUACUGGAGACUCAGAUGCAGGAAAGGGACAACGCUGGCUUCCUCAGCUACAACAUCUACCUCACCGGCUGGGAUGAAUCUCAGGCCAACCACUUUGCUGUGCACCAUGACGAAGAGAAAGAUGUGAUCACGGGCCUAAAACAAAAGACCUUGUAUGGCCGUCCCAACUGGGAUAAUGAGUUCAAGACAAUUGCAAGUCAACACCCAAAUACAAGAAUAGGAGUUUUCCUCUGUGGACCUGAAGCCUUGGCUGAAACUCUCAGUAAACAGAGCAUCUCCAACUCCGAGGCUGGCCCUCGGGGAGUGCAUUUUAUUUUCAACAAGGAAAACUUCUAACUCAUCUCUCCCAUGAGGAAAUAAAUGCGGGUUAUGCUGCCAAAUGCCCAGACAAAUAGCGCUAGCUGAUAGGCUCCCCCUGCCUUUAAAGAAAGGAGAAAAAGAAAUUAUAAUGUGAUUUUUUUUCCUUCAAAGGAAUUACAGAGAUUGUUUGAUAAUGACCUACAUUUUUAUGAGGCUUUAUGAUUUCCAGAUCACUUUUACAAACAUUAUUUCAUUUUUUUUUUCUUCACUGUAAUGCCACGAGGAAGGUAGUGUAGGGAUUCCUGGACUCAUUUUUAGGAUAAAGACACGGGGGCUCAAAGUGGCUAAGUAACUAGCCUAAGAUUAUGAAGCUGAGAGCAGAUCUAGGCCACCUAACCCCAGGUUUGGUAGUCUUUCCAUGACACUGCCUCAAAAUUGAUUUGUAUACUCUCAAAAGGAAGACACAAACCAGAGAGAAGCUAUUCAUUUUCCAUUUUGUUUUAUUUUGUAUUAUUUUUGUUAUAGUCACUGUCAUAUUGAAGGAAAUUUUCCAGAUAGUUAGGAGCUACUAUAUGCCAAGAGUGACUUAACACAUAAUAAACACAGGAUUGACAUCUGUGCACACUCCAGUUUACCAGUACAGCAACCUAACUGGGCCAGAGAUUCUUCCUGAAAAAAAAGAAUAUAAGUCUGCACUGAAGUUAAAGUAAUCCACAGAAUUUACCACGGUGCUUGGCAGGUAGUGGGUACUCAAUGAAAGUUUGUUGAAUGAAUGAAUGAAAAACCCAUUCAGAAGCACAUAAUGUCAAGGUAGAAUUAAUAUUAAACUUUAAACAGAAUUAUCUAAGGAAAUAACUAUGUUAGAUUGGAACCUGAUUCUCCUGAGGGUAGAUAACAGAUGAAAAGUCUUAACCAAUUGGAUGUUUUGGUAGCUCCCUCACAUCCUUGUUUGAAGCACGGGGAAAAGGGGAAAGGAGGCAGAGUAUACAUCUGAUAUAACUCAGCUCCUCUAGUCUCGCUCCCUAUGCUAUAAAGAAGUGCAGGCUGAUUUACUGCCUGCAAAGGUCUCUCCAGCCAGCUCUUGUGAAUUUGAAAUUAAGAAUUGUGACAAAUAUGUAUCUGAUUUGCUCAUCUGUGUUAAAUAAUGCCCACCUCUUCUCCUUAAAAAAAAAAACAACCCAUUGCCAUCGAGUCGAUUCC